UAGACCGUACCAUUCUGUGUGGACAGUAAAUAGAUGGACCCGGAGACGACAGGCGGACCUGUGUGAGGGACGGAGAAGCGCCGAAUGGUGAGAAGCUGAAUCCAGUUCCCACUCUGCAGACCUCUGAGAUGGUCAGAAACCACCUGACAGUUCGGCCCGGCUUUUUCCCCCCUCCACACAUCCCUGCCUCAGCUGAGAGAGGACCAUGAAUCUGAGCCGUGUCUGCUGUGAUUUUCAGCAUUUAGACAAACCAGUGUGUUAGGACACGUCCCACUCAUCGUCACUGAGCAGCCCAUGCACAUGCACGACACCAUGGGCAGCUCCCCUGAGGUGCUCUCUUGGACUUCCUGUCCCAGUCUACUGGUGGGCAAGCUGAAGGAGGAGCUCAAACUCACUGUGGUUGGGGACAGCAUGAAGAAAUCCAGCUCGCCUAACUCCCAACCGCAGCCUCCUCAGGCCCCUCUCUCCAACUUACCUCCUCAGAUCAUCACAGACCUCGCUCCGCCGACACACCUGCCCGUUCCCCUGCAGACGCUGCAGAUGCCUGGCCAGGAUGAGGAGUCCAUGUUGGGCGGUACUAGCCCACCAAACACGGCCCUGAGCGUGGACUCAACUCGGAGCGAAGGCGGACACUUUGACAACAGCGUGCUCCAGCUGCAGGAGCAGGACCACGAGGAAGCUGGGUCACCGGCGUCCCAUGAGCACGGUGGAUGUGGCAGCGGGAUGGACGACCAUAUGGGAGAGGGGGACUGUCCAAUGGACCACAAUGGAGAGGGCAAGCCGAACCUCCCGCAUCACCCCGAUGACAUCAAGCUGCACUUCCAAAGAGCACCUCCUGGGUCGGGGGGCUUCUUAGAGGGGCUGUUUGGCUGCCUGCGGCCUGUGUGGAACAUUAUAGGGAAGACCUACUCUACUGAAUACAAGCUACAACAGCAAGACAUGUGGGAGGUUCCUUUCGAGGAGAUUUCAGAGCUGCAGUGGCUUGGCAGCGGCGCACAGGGUGCCGUCUUCCUGGGCAAGUUUCGCUCCGAGGAGGUGGCUAUCAAGAAGGUGCGAGAGCAGAAGGAGACGGACAUUAAACACCUGCGAAAGCUCAAGCAUCCCAAUAUCAUCAGCUUCAAGGGUGUGUGCACCCAGGCACCUUGUUACUGCAUUAUCAUGGAGUACUGUGCCCAGGGUCAGCUGUAUGAGGUGCUGAGGGCGGGGAGGAAAGUGACCCCAAGGCUGCUGGUGGACUGGGCCACAGGCAUUGCCAGCGGCAUGAACUACCUACACCUGCACAAGAUCAUCCACAGAGACCUCAAGUCUCCCAAUGUUUUGGUGACCCACAACGACACUGUGAAAAUCUCAGACUUUGGCACGUCCAAAGAGCUCAGUGAUAAAAGUACAAAGAUGUCAUUUGCGGGGACGGUGGCCUGGAUGGCCCCAGAAGUGAUAAGAAAUGAGCCUGUGUCUGAAAAAGUAGACAUCUGGUCAUUUGGAGUUGUGUUAUGGGAACUGCUGACUGGAGAGAUUCCCUACAAAGACGUGGACUCCUCCGCCAUUAUUUGGGGUGUCGGCAGCAACAGUCUCCACCUUCCCGUCCCCUCCACGUGCCCGGACGGGUUUAAAAUCCUCAUGAAACAGACAUGGCAGGGAAAGCCCAGGAAUAGGCCGUCGUUUCGUCAGAUUCUUCUACAUCUUGACAUCGCCUCUGCAGAUGUUCUGGGAACUCCUCAGGAGACCUACUUUAAGUCUCAGGCAGAAUGGAGGGAGGAGGUGAAGAAGCAUUUUGAGAAGAUCAAAAGUGAAGGCACCUGCAUCCACAGGCUGGAUGAAGAGCUGAUCCGACGCCGGAGGGAUGAACUCAGGCAUGCGCUGGACAUCCGGGAGCACUAUGAGAGGAAAUUGGAGAGAGCCAACAACCUCUACAUGGAGCUCAGUGCCAUCAUGCUGCAGCUGGAGGUCCGAGAAAAGGAACUGAUGAAUUCUGUGCAUCACCGUAGGAGAGAGCAGGCGGUGGAGAAGAAAUAUCCCGGCAGCUACAAGCGCCACUUAGUCCGACCGAUCGUUAGAUCCAACGCUGUGGAGAAGCUCAUCAAGAAGAAAGGAAGCAUUUCCCACAAACCUGGGAUGCCUCCCACCAAAAGGCCAGACCUGCUUCGCUCUGAUGGCAUCCCUAGCGUAGACCCUCUCCCGUCGCCCUCACCGCUGUCUGCUAGCCCAAAGGUCUCCACCCCUCCUGGCAAAGCCCGGUACCGAAGCAAGCCUCGUCACCGCCGCGCCAACAGCAAAGGAAGCCACAGCGAGUUCUCCGCUGUGCUGAAACCCAUUGCUGGAGCACCAGAAGAAACCCAAUCUCUCCAGGAGCAACCGAUCCACCACCAUCAUCACCACCACCACCACCACCCUCCUCAAACGGAGGGGAAUUUUCUUCCCUUGAAAGGCCGCGAGGAGGCCGUUGUCAAUUGUGCCAACAACCUGCGAUACUUUGGCCCCGCCGCCGCCCUCCGUAGCCCUCAAACUGACCACAUGCAGCGCCGCGUUUCUGGCUCCAGUCCUGACCUCAUUUCCACUGCUGUGGAUGCAGACACGCGACAGCGGACUUCAUCCACCGGCUCCAACCCUGUAUCAGGCGCUGGUGCUGGUUCUUUAUGUCCCUGCUGCCAGGCUCACCCCUUCCCCGGCUGCCUACACUGUCAGGAGACCCCUCCCCCAUCAAGCCACCCAGAGCUGCCGCACUACUCGCUGCUCAACACCCAAGAGGGCACCCAGUCUUCUCUGGGGGCACACAACAAAGACACAGUCUCAGAUGGAGAGACCACAAAGAAGACAGAGACACAGGAACAGGAUGCAUCCCAGCACGCGCACACACUGCCCUCUGCACUGCCCCGCAUUCUCAGGCCGCUCAGGAAGGGUGGUGAUGAGUCAUCUGAAGAAGAAGAGGGAGAGGUGGAUAGUGAAGUGGAGUUUCCAAGGAGACAGAGACCUCAUCGCUGUAUGAGCAGUUUCCAGUCCUACUCUACUUUCAGCUCAGAGAACCUGUCGGUGUCUGACGGAGAGGAAGGAAACACCAGUGACCACUCGCACAGCGGACCCCUGGAGAGGCUGAGCGCCAGUCAGGAGGAACACCUGGACGAGCUGCUGUCCCACACGCCGGACAUCCCCAUCGACAUCUCCACCCAGUCAGACGGCCUCUCUGACAAGGAGUGUGCCGUCCGCAGGGUGAAGACGCAGAUCUCGUUGGGGAAGCUGUGCUCCGACGAACACAGCUACGAGAAUCCGCUACAGUUUGGGGACUCGGACUGUGAUUCGUCAGAAGCCGAGUGCUCCGAUGCCACUAUUAGAAACAACAAAGUCGGGGCUCCUUCCUCGUGGUGAACCUGCCUAAAGGGCUCAUCUUCAUCUUUUUUGCCUGGAGGCCAUCAUGUCCCUCUCUGCUCUGCAGAAAAUACAGCAAUAAGAGGACAAACAUUGUAAACAAAGCUCCCUAUAGCAACGUCCCAUGUAAUCUCUCCCAUAUGAUCCCCACCCCACCCACCCCUCAUCUAGCACAGCAUUCAGGCAACCCAUUGCAGGGAUUCCCUUUUGAAUGAUAAUGUACAAUAGAUAGUUUAACGUUCAUAAUUUAUUUUUGUCUGAGUUCUGAAGGAAAAUUCAGGAACUAUGAAACUUCUCUGAUCUGAACAGAGAGGAAAAAAACAGACAUUUUGAACCCAAGGAAGGGUUUACUGUGUGAUGGAGAGAGACCAGGACUGGAAGAAGGUGCAGAUGAUGACGAUGAUGAUCAUGAUAAUGAUGAGAAGGGCUUAUUGAUCAGAGGAUGAUGGCUUUCAGUGGGGAGAUGCAUAACUGCAGUAGUUGGUCUCUCAGGCGACUGCCCCAGAAUAAAAGCGGCUUUCAACAUCUCACUGUCGUGGACAGAAAUCUCCAAACAACAAGCAAUCGCUCAGCUCAUACUGCAGCCUGACCAACCUGCUUUAUCAUGAGUUUACAGUUUCAAGUCCCAGUACCCCACCUCCUCCGCUUCCACCCCGCCUCCCCACUGUGACUAACGUGGGGAGCAUGGAGCUCAUGGAAAACAUUGUGAACACCAGCAUGAACAACCUGCCUCGCAACUGGAUUUUCUCCCUCCCUGAAACCACCGGAUGUGUCUGUUCUUCAGGAUCCCCCACCCCCCGCCCUCACGUAGCUGUCGAAGCAUGCUUAUGCAGCUCGCGAAAUGAAAACGCUGCCCCAAGACUGCAUGAAGCGGACAGAGCAUCAGAGAUAAAGACGCAGCUGAGAGCUAAAGGAAAAAAAAAAAGAGACUCUUCCUCUCUGACUCUGCUCAUCCUUCUCUUAAAGACAUGCCAACGUCAUCGUCAUCAGCAAUCAGAUGUCACAGGCAGAGUUACUGAGGGAGUUAUCUGUGUAUGAGAGUGUGAGUGAAUGUGAGUGUGACAACACAAAGCCCUUUCCUCUCCAUUAGACAUUACAGUUUCAAGUCUCAUCUCAGGAUCGUUCAAGGACUGUGAAACUGGACUGGACCAAUUAUAUGAAGGAAUGUUUUGGUUUUUUUGUUUUUUUGAGCGGCACAUAUUAAGGACCAUGCAGGAAUACUCGAAAAGGUCUUACAGGUAGCCUUGAUGUUCAACCUUUUAUUGCUGUAACAGACUUUAAUGUGAUGUGGAGACAAGGCAUCCAGGUGCAGUAUCCCAUUUCUUGAAAUCUCCAGGUUUGGCAUUUUCCACGGACCAUUUUCUAGCAGGGUGGGUUAUACCGAUGUCCAAAAUGGUGAUUAUUUGCAAAUUAUAACAGCAAUAACACGAGUGAGAAAGAAGUCGCUUGUUCAGGAUCUUGCAUGUCUAGCUGGCUAGACACAAGCACAGUGACUGGUAGCUAGCGGAGAGCAGCAGGUGUCAGAGAGCUGCUUAUAGAGGCUAUUCUUUUUAAGUCCAGAGUGGGAUUUUAGAAUUUCCUUUACAGCACUUAUAAUACUUAUAUAAACACUAAUCCACAUUUUUUUUUUUCAAUCAAAGUGUGAAUCUUGUAGGCCAGAUUUUUUUUUUUUUUUCUUAAAAUACUUCCUUAUGUAGUCCCAAAGAGUUAAAGAGUUUCUUGGUUAAUCCUUUUUCACCAAACACAUGCAAAUACAGGUUCCUUUGAUCACAUCUUUAAUAAUUUAUCAAUUUAACUCUUUUCACCAUCAGCCCAGCUGCAGGACCCUUUUAGAGGAGCUCUUUAAAUGACCGUAAUUGUGUUACUGUUUGUGCCAGAGACACAAUUCAAAGGGUUUCAGAAAGAAGGGAUCACGAGCUUCACGGGGAUAUUUGUUGUAUCAUGGUACCACAAAGCAUUCACAAGGUACUGAUGGCUGAAUGCGGAGAGUAAAAUCAACUAAGCCUAGAUGUUACCAUGUGCACUUCACUCCUCAACUGAUUUUGGCUUGAGAGAAAAUUCAAAUGGUUCCUGAAAGAUGAAAAUUAUUUUGUCAUGUGUUGUUAUAAGGGGUUAAGAAGCAUAUAGACCAAACUAAAAAUGUAUUAUUUAAAAAAUCUGAAAAAAUGUAGGCUUAUGGUUAACUAAUGUCCUCUGUCCUCCUCAGCACACACACCUACUUAAAUCUGGAUAGUUUAUUCAUUUGUGAUUCAAAAACAAAGUAAAUGCUACACUUCUUCCUAAUAAUUUGGAACAUUAGUGCAUGUAGUAAAGUGCAGUCAGAAGUUUGAAAAAGCAAGAGCUCAAAUCUCCAUCCAUCCAGUUCCUUCUCUUUAUCCGAUUCAGGGUGAUUGGCAGGCUGGAGCCUCACAUUUCACACCUACAGCUAGUUAGGAAUCACCUGUUAACCGAACCUGAAGCCUGCAACGCAGAGGCAGCACAGGGAGAACAUGCAAACUCGACAUGGGGCUUAAAUUUAGAAAAAUCAUAAGUUAAAUGCUAACUUUAAUAUUUUGUCAAGAAUCUGUUCUUGGCGAUGAAUUCCUUUUUGUUUGUGGGUUUAUAGUUGUCUUCAGCAAUAAAAUGCAUGCACGGUUGGUUCGAGGUCUUUCCCUGCAGCUUUCAGGCCAUCUCCGAUCUUUAGUGUGGUGCAGUCCAAUCAUUGUUGCUGCUUUUAGCACAUACCACGGGUGGUUUCAGAAUUUUUGUGUAAUGGUGAGAUGUUUUGCACUUUAGAGUUACAUUUUUUGAAAGACUUCCAAUUCACACAAACAUGCACGUCUGCUUUUUGAAAGGCAGUCAGGACUCGACAUUGUUUUAAAGUAAAAAAGAAAAAAGUAUGAGAAAAAGUCUUAAAAGAAAAUGUUCUCUUUAAUAACAAGGAUACAAACGUGGUCCACUCUUGGCAGUUGUGUGACCGUCAACAGUCAGGAAGAUGGGAUGGUGAUGCACUUGGUGUGUUUUGGCAUAUAAGAACAGCCAUACCUGUAAACUCCAUAUACAUGCAUGGAAAAUCUCAUGAUUACAGAGCUACGUUUCUCAUAAUCCUUCUCCUAAAGCAUAUCUUUAAACAUGUGAUCAGAGAGAAUCUUUAUUUCUAGUAGUGUUUCUGUGAAAGGUGUUAAAAUGUGCUGCUAAACCGUAUGAUAAAGACUAGAUUCAAAACAUUUUGCUGCCAAGUAAGGCGGGGUAAAUAUAUGAAAUUACAAGCGCUGAUUUUUUUUUUUUUUGUUUGUUUGUUUUGCGUUUCUUCGUCCAGCAGAAACAGUUUUCUGAGUUUUUCUGAAUAUAGCUGUUAAAAUGCCCCAUUUUUGUGGCCACGUCUUUGCUGCUUUGAUGCUCAGGUUUUGUGCAAGAGCAAUAUAUGGGCAGCCACUAGAUGGCGACAGUUAGGCUUGUGUUAUGUAAAUAUCCUGACUCCAUCCUCUUUUUCUGACUAACAUAAUUUAAUUCCUUUAACUCCUGAUGAUUAUCCAGAGCAAUAUUACUUUUUACCUCUCUGGUUGUCGCUGAAAAGGGAUACUGCAUCUGUGAGAGAGCUCUUUCUUUUGUUUUGCUUUUAAUAAGCCCCAUUUUUUUUGUCAUCAUCCUCACUGAUCUGAUCUUCAAGCUGACAAACAGCCAGCCAGGGUUGAAUUUAACGAUAAUGAUGUCAAGCCGCCGGCUCGAGCGUGUGCAGACGGCUGAGAUUCUGUGUAUAAAGGAACAUAAGCCAGAGACGAAGCCACGGAGCACCGGGCUGCUCUCGGUUUUCAGCGACCUCAUCUCAGUGUUACUCCUGUACAUAAACACCUGUAAAUGUCAUGUGACCCAUUAUCGCCUCCCUCCCUCUCUCUCUCUCUCUCCCUCUCUCUCUCUUUGUCAUUGCACAGCUCUGGCAAAGCCUCGAGCUUGAUGACCAGCGACUGGUUGAGCAGGAAAUUCUUUAAGUCUGUCCCACAUCAGUAUUGAACACUACAGGAGGGUGUGAGUCAUAAACCUGAGCAGCACAAGGUGAUUAUUAACACCGAUGGACGGUCUGCCUUUUGCUCAUCGGCUUCGGAAAGGCUGCCUUUCCUCGAGCCUCCUCCUUCACUCUUGUUUACGUUUGUGUGAAAUAACCCAGCGUGUUGUAAUGACGGGGUAAUCCGAUCAAGCUGUUAAUAACAUUAUCUUUCUGGCGUAUAUCCUGUGAAGUAUGAUUGUUGUGUAGUUUUAAUUUAAUUUUGAUCUUUGUUUUUUUUGUUUUUGUUUUUUCUUUGUAGCUGGCCUACAUGAUUGUUGAAUUUAAUUUAUUUUGGAUGACUGGUGAGGAGGAGUAGUGUUCUUUUUAAUUUCAGGCAGCUUCAGAAAUGUCACGACCUACGACUUCUCUCCUGGAAAGUAUUAUUUAAAGGAAGCACAAUGAAUUGGUCAGGGAAGAGGACAGUAUUUGUGUGUGUGGUUGAACAAAAGCAUCGUCAUGUCACGUUGACCCUGCAGGGGACCAUUCGUCAUUUAGCUUUGAUUUAGCAGACUUUACAUCAGUAAUUAUCUCAUCGUAGGCUGUUAGGAACCACUUCCAAACAUAAGUCAGUCGGUGGGCUGUCUCUGCAGUGUAAAUGAGGCGUGAAGCCUGGAGGCAUGCGAGAUGCUGACCUCGGUACAUCUGCAGUGACCCCCACUUCCUCUCAUUCUUACUGGGGAAAAAAAACAACAACUUGCAUUCAAAUUUCUGUGAAAUCGUCUCUCUAACCGUGGACAUCCUGUUGCCUUGUCCUGUGUUAUCGGACUCAUGUUUCUUUGUUACUCGUUUCUAUCCUCUUUCCUGUUGAAAGGCAUUAUGAUCAACCAAUCCUGUCAAUUUCCUGUAUUAUCCAGUGUACAGUGCAACGAGUAACUGGGAGAACUAAAUCAGCGCAAACAACUGCAUGGAAUAAAUGCUGUACUGUACCCAAA